CUCACAACUUGGCGAACCAAACCACACUUUGAGGGGUUGAGAGCUUUACAUUGACAGGUCCGAUCACUCUAUCUUCUCCAACAAUCCUGAAGAAACUCAUCCACCAACUCAGCCAUGCCCAUCUCUUCCUACAUCUCCAACACUCGCCGUGGAACCUCCAGGUGGGCUCGCUCGCUUCUCCCUUCAACUUCCACCCCUAAAUCUAAAAUCUCCUCCAGAAAGUCACGUAAACGGGCGGCCCUGAUCAACUUCCUUUUCACGCAUUUCUUCACCAUCGCUCUUUCACUAUCUCUUCUUUUCCUCCUCUUGACCAUCUUCUUCUUUGGCGUCCCCAAACCCAUUUCUACCCACUUCAAAUCCAAACCCUCUACUCGUCUCGCCCGACCCAGAAAGCCCUUUAAUCGGAAUCCUCAAAAUGGUUCUGUUUCCGGGGCCAGAGCUGAUAUAACUACUAAGGGUUUGUAUGACAAGAUUCAGUUUUUGGAUGAAGAUGGCGGUCCUUGGAAGCAAGGUUGGGUGGUUAAAUACAGAGGUGAUGAGUGGGACAGUGAGAAAUUGAAAAUCUUUGUGGUGCCUCACUCGCAUAACGAUCCUGGUUGGAAGCUCACUGUUGAAGAGUACUAUGAACGCCAAUCUAAGCAUAUACUUGACACCAUUGUUCACGCUUUAUCAAAGGAUGCUCGACGAAAGUUUAUAUGGGAAGAGAUGUCUUAUCUGGAGAGGUGGUGGAGGGAUUCUACAGAAAGCCAAAGAGAAUCUUUUACCAAUUUAGUGAGAAAUGGACAGUUGGAAAUUGUUGGUGGUGGCUGGGUUAUGAAUGACGAGGCUAAUUCACAUUAUUUUGCUAUCAUCGAGCAGAUUGCAGAAGGCAACAUGUGGUUGAAUGACACCGUUGGGUUUAUUCCUAAGAAUUCUUGGGCAAUUGAUCCAUUUGGUUAUUCGGCUACAAUGGCAUAUCUCCUCCGUCGUAUGGGUUUCGAAAACAUGCUUAUUCAACGAACCCACUAUGAGCUGAAGAAAGAACUUGCUUUGCACAAAAAUUUGGAAUAUGUAUGGCGUCAAACUUGGGAUGCUGAUGAAACUACUGACAUUUUUGUGCACAUGAUGCCCUUUUAUUCAUAUGAUGUUCCGCAUACUUGUGGACCAGAGCCUGCUAUCUGUUGUCAGUUUGAUUUUGCUCGAAUGCUUGGAUUUUCUUAUGAACGGUGUCCAUGGGGACAACAUCCAGUUCAGAUCAAGGAGGAAAAUGUGCAGGAGAGGGCACUAAAACUUUUGGAUCAGUAUAGGAAGAAAUCAACGUUGUACCGGACAAAUACACUUCUCAUCCCUCUUGGAGAUGAUUUCCGUUACGUCACCAAUGAUGAAGCUGAAGCACAGUUUAAGAAUUACCAACUGUUGUUUGAUUAUAUCAACUCAAACCCCAGUUUAAACGCAGAAGCAAAAUUUGGUACUUUGGAGGACUACUUUCAAACACUUCGUGAGGAGGCUGACAGAAUAAAUUAUUCUAGUCCUGGUGAGGGUGGCUCUAGUCAGAUUGUAGGUUUUCCUUCUCUGUCGGGUGACUUCUUUACUUAUGCUGAUAGACAACAGGACUACUGGAGUGGCUAUUAUGUUUCAAGACCUUUCUUCAAGGCUGUAGAUCGGGUGCUAGAGCAAACUCUUCGUGCAACUGAAAUAAUGUUCGCUUUGUUGCUUGGUUAUUGUCAAAAGCCACACUGUGAGAGGUACCCAACAGGUUUCGCUUACAAGCUGACAGCAGCAAGGAGGAAUUUAGCUCUUUUUCAGCAUCAUGAUGGGGUAACCGGUACUGCAAAAGAUCAUGUUGUUCAGGACUAUGGAACUCGGAUGCAUACUUCUUUGCAGGAUUUGCAGAUUUUCAUGUCUAAAGCUAUUGAAGUACUGAUUGGAAUGCGUGAAAAAUUUGAUCAGAAUGUAUCCCAGUUCGAGCCAAUACAAGUGAGAAAUAGAUAUGAUGCUCAGCCAAUGUACAGAGCAAUAAGUGCUCAUGAAGAUACCUCACAAUCCGUGGUCUUUUUUAAUCCUUCGGAGCAAAAAAGGGAAGAGGUUGUAAUGGUUAUUGUUAACAGGCCAGAUGUUACUGUUUUGGACUCAAAUUGGACCUGUGUACAAAGCCAGGUGUCUCCUGAAUUGCAGCAUGAUAGGAACAAAAUCUUUACUGGGAGACACCGUCUUCACUGGAAAGCUUCUAUUCCUGCCAUGGGGUUGCAAAUAUAUUACAUUGCUAAAGAUUUUGUUGGGUGUGAGAAAGCAAAACCAUCAAAACUGAAGUACUCAUCAAAGUCCAAUUCAUUCUCUUGCCCCACUCGUUAUGCUUGCUCAAAAUUAGAAGGUGAUGUGGCUGAAAUCCAGAAUAGACAUCACAUUCUCACUUUUGAUGUCCAGCAUGGGCUAUUGCAGAAAGUAAGCCAUAUAAAUGUCUCCCAAAAUCUUGUGCACGAAGAAAUUGGUAUGUAUUCUACUCAGGAAAGUGGGGCCUACCUGUUCAAACCCAUUGGUGAUGUUCAGCCUAUUAUCAAAACUGGUGGCUUGAUCAUUAUUUCUGAAGGCCCUUUGAUGCAGGAAGUAUACUCUUAUCCAAGGACUGAAUGGGAGAAAAGCCCCAUAUCCCAUAGUACUCGCAUUUAUAAUGGAGAUAAUACGAUACAGGAAUUUGUCAUUGAGAAAGAAUAUCAUGUUGCGCUUCUUGGUUAUGAUUUCAAUGACAAGGAGCUGAUAGUAAGGUACAAAACUGAUAUUGAUAAUAGCAGGACAUUCUAUUCUGACUUAAAUGGCUUUCAGAUGAGCAGGAGAGAAACCUAUGACAAAAUCCCAUUGCAGGGAAAUUACUACCCUAUGCCUUCACUUGCAUUCAUGCAAGGUUCCAAUGGUCAGCGAUUUUCUGUUCAUACUCGGCAGUCACUGGGUGUGGCAAGCCCCAAGGAUGGAUGGUUGGAGAUUAUGCUUGACCGACGUUUGGUAAGAGAUGAUGGUCGUGGUCUUGGGCAAGGAGUGUUGGACAACCGUGCAAUGAAUGUAAUCUUUCACAUCCUUGUUGAAUCCAACAUUUCUUCCACUUCAAAUCCGAUUUCCAACCCACUUCCCUUAAGGCCCUCUCUUCUGUCGCAUCUUGUUGGUGCUCACUUGAACUAUCCGUUACAUGGAUUUGUUGCCAAGAAGCCACAACAGUUAUCAGUGCAGCCCCCCUCUAGAUCCUUCUCUCCUCUAGCUGCUUCCUUGCCUUGUGACUUGCAUAUUGUGAAUUUUAAGGUUCCCCGGCCAUCAAAGUAUUCUUGGCAGGUACCUGGAGACUCUAGGUUUGUUUUAAUCUUUCAGAGGAGAGAUUGGGAUUCUUCGUACUGUCGGAAGGGCAGAUCACAGUGCAUUAGUGUUUCUGAUGAGCCUGUAAAUUUGUUUUUCAUUUUCAAGGAUCUUACAGUAUCAAAUGCAAGGGCAACUUCUUUAAAUCUCAUGAACGAUGACACGGGAGUGCUUGGGUACCCUGAGCAGUUAGGUGAGAAUACUCAAGAGGGACAUGUUAUGAUUUCACCCAUGGAAUUACAAGCUUACAAGCUGGAGUUGCGACCAAAACAGUGAAUGAUGAUUAGGAAUUUAUUAAUUGUGCUCUCAAUGAUGCUAAUGAAGUGGGGUUAACAAAAGGCAAAGAAGAGUGACAUUCAUAUCCCAUCAGGAUUCACAUGUCUAUCUGCUUCUGUUUCAUGAAAUCUCUGGUCAAGUAUUGCAGGUCAAAUACUCUCAGAAAGUGGUAAAAGGGGUGUAAGUCAAUGAAACAGUCCGGUGGUACCUAGCUGAGGAAGCAACCUGAAAUAGAUAACCCAGUUUUUCAUUUAGUCUGCAAUUUAUAUUAUUAAUUAGAUAAUAGAAAGAAAACCAGGAUGAGGUUCAAUUUUUACUCUUGUAGAUUUGCAGAAAACAGAAAGUUUUUGUUUUUGACUCAUACUUGUGUACUAUGUUAAUUUUUUUUGUGUUGUAUUUGUUGCUUUUGAGAUACACGUCAAGAAAAGUUUUGGAUUACAAAUUUCAGAUUGUGAUCAGUUCUCUACUGUA